GCAGUAGAAAUAUACCACCCUAGAGGGCACACCUCCUUUUAGAUAGGUACCUAUAAAUGUCUAGGAUCUUCUAAUCAAUUGAGAAGAACCCAGCAAAAUGGGGAUCUCCACGGUCAUCCUUGAAAUAUGUCUUUUAUGGGGACAAGUUCUACCUACAGGUUCAGCAACAGUAACAGUGAUAGACACCACAGAAGCUGGUUUACAGGAGGCUCACAUGAUAACUGGUUUGGCCCUGAGGCUGGUGAAUGGAGGUGACCGGUGUAAGGGCAGGGUGGAGGUCCGGUACCAGGAUUCCUGGGGCACCGUGUGUGAUGACUACUGGGACACCAAUGAUGCCAAUGUGGUCUGCAGGCAGCUUGGCUGUGGCUGGGCUGUAUCCGCCCCAGGAAAUGCCCGGUUUGGCCAAGGCUCAGGGCCGAUUGUCCUGGAUGACAUGCGCUGCUCAGGAUAUGAGUCCUACCUGUGGAGCUGCCCCCACAAUGGCUGGCUCUCCCAUAACUGUGGCCACAGUGAAGAUGCUGGUGUCAUCUGCUCAGCCGCUGAAUCAGACCAUCUCACAACACAUAGUGGGUGGAUCCCAGGCACUACAGACUCUGGUCUGCCUCUGAGGCUGGUGAAUGGAGGUGACCGGUGUCAGGGCCGGGUGGAGGUCCUGCACCAAGGCUACUGGGGCACUGUGUGUGAUGACAGCUGGGACACCCAGGACGCAGAUGUUGUCUGCAGGCAGCUUGGCUGUGGCUAUUCUGUGUCAGCCCUGGGUGGGGCCCACUUUGGUCAGGGCUCCGGAAACAUUCUCUUGGGUGACGUGCAUUGCUCGGGAAGGGAGCCCUACCUGUCAAGCUGUCCCCACAGCGGAUGGUACAACCACGAAUGUGGCCACAGGGAAGAUGCUGGUGUCGUGUGCUCAGCUUCUCUGUUUCCCUCGAAGGCGCCCCUGGAGACAACUGUAGCAGAAGGAUCCGAUUCUGGUUUGGCCCUGAGGCUGGUGAAUGGAGGUGACAGGUGUCAGGGCCGGGUGGAGGUCCUGUACCAAGGCUCCUGGGGCACCGUGUGUGAUGACAGCUGGGACACCAAUGAUGCCAAUGUGGUGUGCAGGCAGUUGGGCUGUGGUUGGGCCAUGUCGGCUCCAGGAAAUGCCCGGUUUGGUCAGGGCUCAGGACCCAUUGUCCUGGAUGACGUGCGCUGCUCAGGGUACGAGUCCUACCUGUGGAGCUGCUCCCACAACGGCUGGUUCUCCCACAACUGUGGCCAUCAUGAAGACGCUGGUGUCAUCUGCUCAGGGUCAGCAUGUUUUGGGGACCUGGUUGGUGAAGUCUCCCCUCCCCUUCAACACUGUAUUACCUUGAGUGCUGUCAAGCUGCACAGUCGACGCUCAGGCCAGGUGGACCCCUGGUCCCCCAAACAUUUCAGCUGCAAGUAUCAGAGUCUUGGCAAUGGUGUCAGAUGUGCCAGUCAGUCCGUGGACACUUGGCCGACCACAGCCUCAAAUGCAUCAACAGCAGGAUCUGAAUCCAGUUUGGCCCUCAGGCUGGUGAAUGGAGGUGACAGGUGUCAGGGCCGAGUGGAGGUCCUGUACCGAGGCUCCUGGGGCACCGUGUGUGAUGACAGCUGGGACGUCAGUGAUGCCAAUGUGGUCUGCAGGCAGCUGGGCUGUGGCUGGGCCAUGUCGGCCCCAGGAAAUGCCCGGUUUGGUCAAGGCUAUGGACCCAUCGUCCUGGAUGAUGUGCACUGCUCAGGACACGAGUCCUACCUGUGGAGCUGUCCCCACAGUGGCUGGCUCUUCCAUAACUGUCAGCACAGUGAAGACGCUGGGGUCAUCUGCUCAGCUGCCCAGUCCCAGUCGACACCCAGGCCAGGUCAAGGCUAUGGACCCAUCGUCCUGGAUGAUGUGCACUGCUCAGGACACGAGUCCUACCUGUGGAGCUGUCCCCACAGUGGCUGGCUCUUCCACAACUGUCAGCACAGUGAAGACGCUGGGGUCAUCUGCUCAGCUGCCCAGUCCCGGUCGACGCCCAGGCCAGGAUCUGAAUCCAGUUUGGCCCUGAGGCUGGUGAAUGGAAGUGACAGGUGUCAGGGCCGAGUGGAGGUCCUGUACCGAGGCUCCUGGGGCACCGUGUGUGAUGACAACUGGGACACCAAUGAUGCCAAUGUGGUGUGCAGGCAGCUAGAAUGUGGCUGGGCCCUGUCAGCCCCAGGAAAUGCCCGGUUUGGUCAGGGCUAUGGAUCCAUUGUCCUGGAUGACGUGCGCUGCUCAGGGUAUGAGUCCUACCUGUGGAGCUGCCCCCACAAUGGCUGGCUCUCCCACAACUGUCAGCACAGUGAAGACGCUGGUGUCAUCUGCUCAGCUUCCCAGUCCCGGUCAACGCCCAGGCCAGAUGCUUGGCCAACCACUGACUUACCUGCAUCGAUAACAGGGAAAGGCAACGGAGAGCUGGAACAUGCCUGUGAGCAGUCCAGCACAGAUAUAUUGGUUAAAGUACAGGGCCAUAGAAUAAAGGAAACUUUUAAAAGUAAUCUUUCUACUUUCCACAAUGAAGAAUUCUUGUGUUCCCCUGUAGGAUCUGAAUCCGGUUUGGCCCUGAGGCUAGUGAAUGGAGGUAACAGGUGCCAAGGCCGAGUGGAAGUCCUAUACCAAGGCUCCUGGGGCACCGUGUGUGAUGACGGCUGGGACAUCAGUGAUGCCAAUGUGGUUUGCAGGCAGCUGGAGUGUGGCUGGGCCACGUCAGCUCCAGGAAAUGCCCGGUUUGGUCCGGGCUAUGGACCCAUUGUCCUGGAUGACGUGCGCUGCUCAGGACAUGAGUCCUACCUAUGGAGCUGCCCUCACAAUGGCUGGCUCUCCCACAACUGUGGCCAUAGUGAAGACGCUGGCGUCAUCUGCUCAGCUUCCCAAUCCCAGUCAACUCCCAGGCCAGAUGCUUGGCCAGCCACUGACUUACCUGCAUGGACAACAGGAUCUGAAUCCAGUUUGGCCCUGAGGCUGGUGAAUGGAAGUGACAGGUGUCACGGCCGAGUAGAGGUCUUAUAUCAAGGCUCCUGGGGCACCGUGUGUGAUGACUACUGGGACACCAAUGACGCCAAUGUGGUGUGCAGGCAGCUGGGCUGUGGCUGGGCCCUGUCAGCUCCAGGAAAUGCCCGGUUUGGUCAGGGCUAUGGACCCAUUGUCCUGGAUGAUGUGCGCUGCUCGGGGUACGAAUCCUACCUGUGGAACUGCCCCCACAAUGGCUGGCUCUCCCACAACUGUCACCAUAGUGAAGAUGCUGGUGUCAUCUGCUCAGAAUCCAAUUCUGGUUUGGUCCUGAGGCUGGUGAAUGGAGGUGACUGGUGUCAGGGCCAGGUGGUGGUCCUAUACCAAGUCUUCUGGGGCACUGUGUAUGAUGAUAGCUGGGAGACCAAUGAUGCCAAUGUGGUCUGCAGGCAGCUGGGUUGUGGCUGGGCCAUGGCAGCCCCAGAAAAUGCCAGGUUUGGUCAGGGCUCAGAACCCAUUGUCCUGGAUGAUGUGCCCUGCUCAGGGAAUGAGUCCUACCUGUGGAGCUGUCCCCACAGUGGCUGGCUCUCCCAUAACUGUCAGCACAGUGGAGACGCUGGGGUCAUCUGCUCAGCCUCCCAGAUAAAUUCUACUACGACAGAUUGGUGGCAUCCAAUAACUACAGCCACUGCAAGACCCUCUUCAAAUUGUGGUGGCUUCUUAUUCAAUGCCAGUGGGACCUUCUCCAGCCCAUCCUACCCUGGAUACUAUCCCAACAAUGCUAAGUGUGUUUGGGAAAUAGAAGUGAAUUACGGUUACUGCAUAAACCUGGGCUUCAGUAAUCUGCAGUUGGAGGGGCACAAUAGCUGCAGUUUUGAUUAUGUUGAAAUCUUUGAUGGAUCACUGAAUAGCAGUCACCUGCUGGGGAAAAUCUGUAAUGAUACCAAGCAGAUAUUCACAUCUUCUUACAACCGAAUGACCAUUCACUUUCAAAGUGACAUCAGUUUCCAAAACAUCGGCUUUUUGGCUUGGUAUAACUCCUUCCCAAGCGAUGCCAGCUUGAGGUUGGUCAGUUUAAACUCAUCUUAUGGUCUAUGUGCCGGGCGUGUAGAAGUUUACCAUCGUGGCACAUGGGGGACAGUUUGUGAUGACUCCUGGACCAUUCAUGAAGCUGAGGUAGUCUGCAGACAGCUAGGGUGUGGACAUGCACUCUCAGCCCUUGGAAAUGCCUAUUUUGGCUCUGGCUCUGGCCCCAUCACCCUGGAUGACGUAGAAUGCUUGGGGACAGAAUCCACUCUCUGGCAGUGCCGGAACCGAGGCUGGUUCUCCCACAACUGUCGUCACCAUGAAGAUGCUGGUGUCAUCUGCUCAGGAUACCAGCUAUCAACACCUGCUCCUUUUCCCACCAUCAGUCAUCCAAACACAAAUUAUUCCUGCGGAGGCUUCCUAAACCAACCAUCAGGACACUUCUCCAGCCCGUUCUAUCCUGGGAACUAUCCGAACAAUGCCAACUGUGUGUGGGACAUUGAGGUUCAAAGCAACUACCGUGUGACUGUGAUCUUCAGAGAUGUCCAGCUCGAAGGCGGCUGCAACUAUGAUUAUAUUGAAGUUUUCGACGGCCCUUACCACAGUUCCCCUCUCAUCACUCGAGUUUGUGAUGGGGCCAGUGGCUCCUUCACUUCCUCCUCCAACUUCAUGUCCAUUCGCUUCAUCAGCGACCACAGCAUCGCGAAGAGAGGGUUCCGGGCUGAGUACUACUCCAGUCCUUCCAAUGACAGCACCAACCUGCUCUGUCUGCCGAAUCACAUGCGAGCCAGUGUGAGCAGGAGCUACCUCCAAUCCCUGGGCUUUUCUGCCAGUGACCUUGUCAUUUCCAACUGGAACGGAUACUACCAGUGUCGGCCUCAGAUAACACCGAGCCAGGUGAUAUUCACAAUUCCCUACUCAGGCUGCGGCACCAUCAAGCAGGUAGACAAUGACACCAUCAACUAUUCCAACUUCCUCAAAGCAGCUGUCUCCCAUGGCAUCAUCAAGAGGAGGAAGGACCUCCUUAUUCACGUCAGCUGCAGGAUGCUUCAGAACACCUGGGUCAACACCAUGUACAUUGCUAAUGACACCAUCCGGGUCGAAGAAGUGCAAUAUGGCAAUUUCGACGUGAACAUUUCCUUUUAUUCUUCCCCCUCUUUCUUGUAUCCUGUGACCAGCAGCCCUUACUACGUGGACCUGAACCAGGACUUGUACCUUCAGGCUGAAAUCCUCCAUUCUGAUGCCACGCUGGCCUUGUUUGUGGACACCUGUGUGGCAUCACCAUACUACAAUGACUUCACGUCUUUGACUUAUGAUCUAAUCCGGAGCGGAUGCGUGAAGGAUGAAAGCUACCGGCCCUACUCACAGCCGUCUCCUGGCAUUGCCCGCUUCCGGUUCAGUGCCUUCCACUUCCUGAGCCGCUUCCCCUCCGUGUACCUGCAGUGUAAAAUGGUGGUGUGCAGAGCGUAUGACUACUCUUCCCGCUGCUACCGAGGCUGCGUGGUGAGGUCCAAGAGGGAUGUGGGCUCCUACCAGGAAAAGGUGGAUGUCGUGCUGGGUCCCAUCCAGCUGCACCCGCCACGCCAAGAAGAGGAGCCUCGGUAGGUGGUCGCUCUCAGACUCCACUGGCCAGCGGGGCGCACACCCCUGACUCUUGGGGACUUGGGAUGUUUCUCGUGGUUUCAUGUUCCAACUCAAAUUUGAGCACUCCACUGUGAUACACCUGGCCAUACAGAGUUGAAUCAGACCUGGUUCCCGCCUCCCCCAAGGCUCAUAGUCCUUGGAGGACCCAUUGAAGGGCAUGGUCCAGAGAGUUUUGACCUGGAUGUCCCACGAACCUGACCUCCCAGAACCCAUGCUUCCUAUUUGCAAAAUGAAAAUGUUGUUACUUCUUAGCACUGUUGAGAGAGUUACAUAAAGGAAUUUUGGAGAAACUGCCUCA